UUCGGCGUACUGUUUCCGCCUGCUCAACGGGUCGGGGGCAGAAGGGCCAAGAAAGGAGGCGUGCCGAGCAGUCUGGAUUUUUACUUGGCCAUCCAAAGUGGAUGUCUCAGCUGGAGCGGCUAACAGAGGGGCUCGCGAGCGUCAGUGGCGCUGCCUGCCUGUCGUGGGUGGGCUGCUGCUGCAAGCACAUACGACGACAUACGACGAGGACCUUUUUGGUGAGCAGGACCUUUUUGGUGAGGCGGUGUCGCAGUGGUGCAGAGGAGCAGCCAAGGCGCUUGACUGGAGAGGGCGGUUUCUUUGAUGGUGAGAUGACGGGCAGGAUCCGGCACCUGAGACCAAGCUGGUGAUGCCUGGACAGACAGACAGACAGAGUCUCUGGCAGUUGCGCGAUUGAGGGAAGCAGCCCCCUUAGCGUAGCCGCGGCUGGCACAGCUGCCUGAGGACGGACAACCUACCAGAAAC